GCAAAAACACCAAGUGCGUCCUGCGGACAAACCCAUCCCUUCGUAAGAGAGAAGAGGCGUCCUCCCGAUCCCGACCUCAGCCUUCGAUCCAUUCCCAAUCCCCCCAGUGACCACCAUGAGUGAUGAUGGAGAUAGGACCUGUCCUUUGUGCGCUGAGGAGAUGGAUCUGACUGACCAGCAGCUGAAACCUUGCAAAUGUGGAUAUGAGAUUUGUGUUUGGUGUUGGCAUCAAAUAAAUGACAUGGCUGAGAAAACAGAAGGGCGGUGUCCCGCAUGUCGCACGCCAUAUGACAAGGAAAGGAUUGUCAGAAUGGCCGCCAACUGCAAAAGGAUAGUUGCUGAGAUAAAUUCUGAGAAAAAGCAGAAAUCUCAAAAAGCAAAGCUGAAAACAUCUGCAGAAGCUAAGAAGCAUCUUAGCAGUGUCAGAGUGAUGCAACGAAACCUUGUGUACAUAAUUGGACUUCCUACUAAUUUAUGCGAUGAUAGUUUUCUUGAAAGUAAGGAAUACUUUGGUCAGUAUGGGAAAGUUAUAAAGGUGUCAAUUUCUCGUCCUGCAAGUACCCCUACCCAGCAAGCAUCAAGUAACAGCACGUGUAGUGUGUAUGUUACAUAUGCAAGAGAAGAAGAAGCUGUUCGAUGCAUUAAAGCUGUACACAAUUAUGUUCUGGAGGGUAAGACCUUGAGGGCAUGUUUUGGUACAACGAAAUAUUGCCAUGCCUGGUUGAGAAAUAUGACCUGCAGCAAUCCAGAUUGUCUGUAUUUGCAUGAUAUAGGCAGCCAAGAAGAUAGUUUCAGCAAGGAUGAGAUUAUUUCAGCUUAUACAAGGAGUAGGGUUCGACAAAUUGCUUCAAAUAAUUCUCAACAGCAUUCAGGAACUGUUUUGCCUCCUCCAGCCGAUGACUUUUCUAACAGUAUAACAGCUUCAAGCAGAUAUCACAUCAGAAGUGCCUCAAAUAGCAUCUCAAGCCAGGCCAAAGGUUCUCCUCCUAAUAGCAAUGCUGGGAAGCCCACUGUUCUUCCGGCUGGUGCUUCAUGGGGUCUUCAAACUUCGAACUGCCGGUCUCCUGUUGCAAGUGCAGCAUGCUCCCAAGUUUCCCAUGCCAAACAAAAGGUAGAGAUGGUUGGUAAUUUGUCUUUGCCUCCUGUAUUGACUGAAAGCACAGAUCAUCCUUCUGCAUGGAAUGAUGAAGUAGCUACAACAUCCAAGGUGCCUGAAAACCAGACUUUAACAACUAAUAAAUCACCUUUGUUGUUAACGGAAAGUACUAAGCAGUCCUCUUUGAGGCAUAAUUUUGUGGAUAUGACGCCGAAAAUGCCAGCAAACCGAGAAUCGCUGCAAGUUGGUGACAUUUCUCAACCUGUAGAACCUUUGAGGUCAUCACUGGAGGCGGUUGUAACAAAUAAUUGUUCAUCCAGAUCUUCAUUGGAUGACAUAGUUGUGACAUCAAAGCUUGGUGAAGAAAAACCAAUGUCACACUCGGAUUGCGAGUUUAUGCCUAUUAUUGACGAGCAGAGCCAAACAGUUGUAUCAGAUGUAUCAACUAUAGAUCUCUCGGACAUCCCUCGUGCUUCGCAGGUGGCCUCAAAUUUCUCAUAUAGCCUUCCAGUUAGUGCAUCAGAAGAUAACGAAACAUCCAUUUAUGCAAAUGGUGACAACACAAAGGCAAUAAAUAGCACCAUUUCUAAAGGUUUUGAUAGACAAUUCAGCAGGUCUGGUUCUGGUAGUGCUACUCAAGGUUCUAGUAUUGUCAAUGGGGUAACACAUAGUUUAUGCUCAAGUUUGUCUUCAGUAACUAUAGAUAGCCAUGUUAGAGCUGAUCAGUUGCAUGUGAACCAGCAUCAAUUUUCAAAUGUUAAUAGUUUUACAGCUGUGAUGCCUCUGACAAAUGACUCGGAUUCAGCUUCAUUGAACAAAGCCCUGCUGUUGCUUGAUAAGGAUGCUAGUAACAGGUUAAGGGACCGGAGUUGCGAGCUACUAAAGGAAAAGUCGACCUCUGCAGUUAAUAACAAAGAUGUCUUGCUACUUCCUUCUGACAAUAAAGUACUUAGAGUUUCAGAUACUGUUGAUAGACUAUCUUCUUCAAUUUACCUAAAUCAUUCACACAAUAGCGGUAAUUGUUCAAGUUCUACUUCUUGGAACACCUAUGUCCAAGAUAAACAAACCCCAAGAGUUGGCAGAAAUAUGGACAGAUAUUCGGAGACGGCCAUGCUUCCAUUUUUUCCAUUAGGCGAUAAAGAAUCUGCACUGCCCAAUGGUCACAAAGCUUAUGAGCAAAACAGUUGUUCACCUGGGAGGGGUUUUCAGUGUCCUGAGAUGAACUGCAAUGAAGAAAAGGUGAAAUCUUCAGGAAGAGUUAAUGAUAUAGCCAGUUCUAACAAAUAUGCAACUGUAGAGAUAAAGAGGGAGAGCAGCAUCAUUUCGGAUAUACUGUCACUAGAUGUUGAUCCAUGGGAUGACUCCUCAGCUACAAGUAAUAGUUUUGCUAGACUGCUUGGUGAAACCGAAAAACAAGAAAGCUCCUUUAAAUUAUUAAGUUCUUGGAGAUCCAACAACAGCAAUCAGUCUAGGUUUUCUUUUGCCAGGCAAGAAUGCCAAGGGAGUGUUGUACAACCUACCAGAGGUGAGGCCCAUGCACAGAUGUUUUGCUCAUCACAUGAUUCAUUUGAACACGGGCUUCGAAAUGGAACUAUGUUUGAUACUUUUGAGUCUCCCAACACUGUCAUCAACAGCAACCCUGUUGUCUCAUUUGACAAGGCUGCUGGUACUUUGAAGGCUAAGAUAUCAGCUCCACCUGGAUUUUCCACUCCAAGCAGAGUACACCUUCCAGAUUUUUCUUCUCAAGAUAGAUUCUACCAAACACAUGAGGCAGUGUUCUCAGAAAAUCAUCUUCUCAGUAGUGCAGUUGAAAAUCAUUAUCAAACACAAAUAUCUGGAAAUCCUAGUGAUAUAGGAUUUAUUGAUCCAGCAAUUUUGGCUGUCGGCAAGGAGCGAAUGUCACUUGGAAUAAAUAAUGCUGGGUUGGGCCUUAAAUCUACAUUUUCUGCACAAAUUAGCGUUUCAGAUAGUGACCCAAGGAUUCAUCUAUUGAGGCCGCAGUCUCUUUCUUCUUAUCACAACAUGGAUAUACCAGAGUCUGCGGGAGACAGAUUCUUGCAAUUGGGUGAUACAUAUAUUACAUCUCAACUUUCAGCAGAAAACCGUAGGGGUCUUUCUCCAAUUGCACAGAUAUCAUUCCAGCAAUUGAGAAAUAAACAAUUUUUUAACAAACAGUGGGAUGGCUUGAAUGAUUUACGGACUGGAAGUGAUAUGGGUUUGAGGGAAGCUUUGAGGAAUGAAAGAUUUGGGCUAACUAAUGGCUAUUCUAGCAACGAGGAACGAAAAUUUCUUUUCCCAAAUGGUGAUCUAUAUAACAGGGAAUUUAGGAUGUAGUGGUUAACUGCCACAAUGCAGCAUUUGUCCAUCGUCCAUGUAUAUGCCCUUGCAUCUCUGAAUAAAUAACAUUGGUUCUUUUUAGCAGACAGGUUAGUUUAUGGACACGUGUGCUGCAACUUUCAAAGGUUGGCUGUGCAUUUUGAAAGUGAGAGUAUACAUUCAGCCACUUCCAUCAAAGGUUAACAUGGGUUUUAUCUAUCUGUAUCAAAUUUGAGAAUACUAGGAGAAUCAUUGGUUCUACAAAACCAAAGCUCUGACCUUUUAUGAUAGGUGACACUUAAAAUGUUGAAUUUUGGAAUUUUCUGAUCUUGGAUUGUCUUGGGGAGCAAAGUUUGCUGAUAGAGAGUUUUUUAAUCGAUGGUGGUUGUUAGGAACUAGAGUGUUGCCGCAUAAGUUUUCAAUAUAAUGCACGCCAGAUGAGUGGUCUAAGACUGAAUGCAUAAGUGGAGCAAACUUACCAAUAGUUUCUUUAAUAUAAUGUUGGAGAAAUGUUGAUCAGCUCCACAUUAAAAGGAAUGCCCAAGCGAGUGAUGAGCGAGCUCAUGCUGAAGUUCUACUUGUUUUGUCGGCUUGGAGUUUACACAACACUGUCAGCAAUUCAUCCUGUUUUAUCGGGUCCUUUCUCGGGUAUUCUUGCUGCCUUGGUGCAUGGUUCUACCAUGGGGACAACAGGAAGAACUGUUGGAUAUUUCUUACAUGGUGGAAGCAGGCCGGCUCAUGAAAGGGUUCUGUUUUCCUCCAUGAAUGCUGAUUGAUUCGUGGAGGCUUCAAGGACCUUUUCCGAUGACCGACGGACUUCGCCUGACAAUUUUAACUGUGAGUAUGAUGUUCGACUUGAAUUAAAGAUAUGAUUUUGUCAUGUAGCAGGGUAGCUGACAGUAUUUACAUAGCCGAUGAAACAUCAGAUUCGGAUUGGUUAUGUAGUUUGUCUGCUACUAUCUUGCUAAUGAAAUCCAAAGAUUAAAGGUGUGCGCUUAAACUUUCUCAAGGUAGAAACAUUAAUUAAAAAAAAUCCUCUAUUUUGGUUUCUUAAGAAGGAUUUACUUUUUUAAUCCUUGUAGAUGUGAUGCAACAUCUUUUUGAGAAGCUGUAUAAGAUUGUUUUCUGAAAUGUGAUAAAAGGAUACUGCUAUCUGUAGAAGCUCCAGAUACAAUUUUUUUUUUAAUUACAAUAAUAAGAAACGCUUGUGAAGAAG